AUGUCACAGCCUCUCGAUGAUAAAUUCGCCAUCCACGAAGCCGCCCGAGAAGGCAAGACGCAAGUGGUCGAGUCCCUCCUCAAUGCAAACCCCAAACUUGCCUCUCUCCGUGACCAAGAUGACCGUCUCCCACUGCAUUGGGCCAUUGCCUUUGCUCGUCUCGACAUUGUCAAACUCCUCACAGCCACCCGCUCCUUUGACCCGGAUGCUCAAGACGGGUCAGGCUGGACACCGCUUGCCAUGGCCGCUUCUCUGAAAGACAAUUCUGGGCUGCCCAUCAUCGACCUUCUCCUCUCCAAAGAUGCCGACCCCAAGAUUGCCACGAACACCGGCGUCACACCUUUACAUCUGGCCGUGUCGAAGAAUAACCUGGACGUUUGCAAAACGCUCCUGAAGCAUGGUGCGAGUGCAAGGGUCAAGGACAAGCGGGGUCAAUUGCCCCUCCACCGCGCCGCCGCCGUGGGAUCCGUUCCUGUCGUGAAACUGCUGCUCGAGAACAAGUCUCCUAUCAAUGCUACGGACAUGGACGGGCUCACGCCACUACACCACGCAAUAAGUGAAGGACAUGGGGACGUGGCUGUAGAGCUGCUAAAAGCUGGAGCGGAGACAGACAAAGUGGAUCAUGAGGGCAGAUUAGCGAUUGACUGCGCGCCUGAUAGCAAGGUCAGGGCGCAUAUUUUGAAAGCAGCAGAGAGGGAAGGGAUCGAAUUCGCCUGA